GUUGCUGUUUUAUUUUCGAAACAUAAAAAGUUUUAAAAUUUUGUCUGCUAAAUCAAAAGUAAAAUGUUGAAUUUGUUAAAGUUAUAUUUGCUGUUUACAGUUAUUAUAAAUGUCCACUCAUAUUCUUUGUUGGAUGAUGAAAUUCGAGACAACUUCAAAGCACAACAAAUGUUAAAAGAAAUGGCACUGACACAAAAAGAUCCCACAAAAGUUUUAAAUGAGAAAUAUGAAAACCAGUUGAGAUCAGAAUCGAAUGUUAAUUUUCAGAAUAGUUAUCGAUUACCUAAUAAUACAAUUCCACUACAUUACAACAUUCGCCUAAGUACUGAGAUUCAUCGAGCAGACUUUACAUUUGCUGGAAUUGUUAGAAUCGAUAUCAGAGUUUUAGAGGCUUCAAACACUAUAACACUUCAUGCUGGUCAAAUGUUAAUUCAAAGAAUAUUUUUAUUAAAUCCAGAUGGAAGUCAAAUUCCAUCAAGUGUCGACUAUGUUUAUGAAAGUAAUACUGAGUUCUUAAUAAUCCAUCUUGGUGAUGAAUUAGCCACGGGUCAAGAACUCACUGUGGAAAUAACUUACUUGGGAAUAUUAGGACUCUUUAUGGAUCGUGGUUUCUUCCGUUCAUAUUAUUUUGAUGAAGAGAGAAAUGAAAUGUUUUGGCUUGCAGCUACGCAAUUCCAACCGAUCUUUGCACGUCGUGCAUUUCCAUGUUACGACGAAAUAAGAUAUCGUACAACUAUCGACUUAUCAAUUUACCAUCAUCGUUCCUAUAUUGCUACAUCCAAUAUGCCCAUUGCAAUGGACAUUAUCGCUGGUGACUACAUGACAACAAUUUUUAGAACAACUCCAGUUAUUCCAACUUUCCUUCUUUCGUUUGUUGUCUCGAACUUUGGAUUUGUUGGUAAUGGAAAUGCUGUCUUACCAAUGCAUGUGUUCGCCCGUCCUGAUGCUAUUGCACAAGGACAAGCUCAAAAUGGACUUGAAUUAGGGGAAAGAAUGUUAAGAGAAAUGGAAAAUCUAUUCAAUAUCCCAUUUUCAUUUCCCAAGAGUGAUCAAAUAGCAAUGCCUGAAUUUUCUAGUGACGGUGCAAACAAUUGGGGUUUACUUUCAUAUCGUGAACCAAUUCUUCUUCAAUUGACAAAUGAUUCAUUUGAUCAACACAUUCGAGAAAUUCGGAUUGCUCACGAAUAUUCGCACAUAUUCUUCGCUAAUUUGGUAUCACCAAUUUCCUGGUCGUAUCUUUGGUUGAACGAAGGAUUUGCAACACUUUAUGAAAAUGUUCUUAAUGAUAUCGUGUUUCCCGAGAAGCGGCAGUGGGAACAAUUUCUUAUCGAUUAUCUUGAUUACGCAAUGAUGGUUGAUAUCUUUGAAUUAGUUCCUCCGCUAAACGAAUAUGUUGAAGCACCUCAAGAUGUCAUUAAUAAAUUUGAUUUCAACACAUACUUCAAAGGUGCGAUUGUUCUUAGAAUGUUUCUAGAGACUUUAACAGAAUCAACGUGGACAAAAGGCGUUUCAAACUAUUUAAAUGAUAUGCAGUUUGAUUCAGCAUCACCAGAAGAUCUUUAUGUUGGAUUGCAAAGAGCUUUUGAUGAAGACUUUCCAAAUGAUUCUCUCGAUGUUGCUGCAAUGAUGAGACCAUGGUUUGAAAUUCGUGGAUAUCCCAUAUUGAUUGUUAGUCACUCAGAUCAAGGCGUUUUACUGACACAAGAAGGUUUUCUGACGUUCCAUAGAGAAUUGUUUAACAUUCCCAUAAACUACGCUACUGCUAGCAAUCCCAAUUUCGAUGACACAACAGCAGAUUUAUGGAUGACAACAAGAAAUGUCGAGCUUUCAAGAGAAAAUGCUAGUAAAACAUGGAAUCAAGAUGAUUGGGUAAUAUUCAACCUUCGAGACACAGGAUAUUACAUAACAGGCUAUGAUGAAACGAUGUGGAGAAUGAUUACAGACGCUUUAUUAAUUGAUCACGAAGUCAUUCCUUUCUUAAAUCGUGGUACUUUGUUUGCUGAUUUGAACAGAGUUAUUUCCAAUGGAUAUAAUUUGAGCCCCGUUCCAAUGUUAGAUUUGAUGAGAUAUUUGUCAAUGGAACAGAAUCCCCAUGUUUGGAUUCGAGCGGAACCAGGAUUUUUUACUAUGGAAAUAUUUAAACGAGGCACAAUCAUUCAUUCAAUGUUCUUGAACUUCUUUCAAAACGUAAUGGCUCCUGUUUACAGACAAACAGAAAUAACUGAUAGAAAGGCAAUUGAUGUUAUCAAUUAUUGGAGUUGUUUGUCAGGUGUUGAAAGAUGUUUAGAAGAUUCAUUAAACACUUUAAUUGAUGUGAUGACUGUCGGAGCAACGGAUUUUGAAUUUACUUUCCGUUGCAAUGGAUUCAUGUCAGCAAACGUAACAGUUUGGAUGCACUUUUAUAACGAAGUUCUCUUACAAAAUGAGGUUGAACGAAUCAAUGAUAUGUUUGAUCUUUUGUGCAGUCAAGAUAGACAAUUAUUAGGAUUCCUUUUAAAUCAAAUCAUUGACAUAACGAGUAAUUUACGAUUCCCUGAAAGACAAGUUUUACUCGAAAGGUUUGCUGGAGAGCAUGAAGUAUCGUAUAACAUGACAAUUGAUUUUAUUUUAACAAACUAUGAAGAAAUGAAUGCGCUAGGCUUCAACUUGGUCAGCAUAAUAAGACAGCUUUCUAUAUUCACAAAUACACAAGAACAAGCUGAAAGAAUCUUUGAUCUCGUUCGAUUCUUACCAGAAGAUUCUGUGUUUGAUGUUGAAUACUUCAGAGGAUACAUGCAACGAAACUUUGAAUUCCAAGAAAGAAAUUUUGAUCGCUUGUUAUCCUGGUUUGAAAACUUCCAAGGACGAUAAUAAUUUUAAAUACUUAUUUGUGACACUUUUCAACUUUUAAUAAAUUUAAAAAACCGAUAAUCCAAAAAU